GCUGUUUUUGUAAAGUACGCUACAGUUUGGUGACAAUGGCUAACAGAAUAGCUUGGACUUUUAUAUUUGCAUUGGCUGCCCUGCAGUCAUCGUUCGCAGCACCUCCAGCAAGCAGAUGGCAGUUACAAUUCGAGGUAACCAAUGAACUCUUUCAAAUGGUAACUGAGGCAUUGGAAGAGUUGAGAAAUGUAUUUCAACUGGUUAUAGACGAGGCCGAACUUAUUUUACCCCCAAACACAAAAAGUCUUAUUCUUACGGAGCUUAAAGAAUUGGUUGCGGUUGUAGAUUCGCUGAAUUUCGACGACUCUUUGGAGCUGAGCAACCUGGAGGAGGCUCUCGAGGAAAUGCAAAGUGUAAUGGAAAUCGCAGACAGCAGGGAAUUCGAAUCUGAGGCGGACGAGGUGGUCCUCCAGUUAUUCAUACAGCAUGGCGUCGAUGACUUGGAGAAGAUUCUGGAAUUAAACUUGGAAACUACUCUGAAAGCAAUCGAGAUGAAGGUGCAGAACUAUUUGAGCACAUGGUCGGACAGUCGGUUGGCCAGAAAUUCGGAAUUAGUUAAGCAGUUCAAAGACUUCAAGAACGAGGAGGAUGUCUACGAGAAAUUAGAUAAGUUGUCAAAUUUUGAUUUAUUUAAUUAAAAAUUGAACAAUAUGUGUGAAACAUAUACCAUA